UUUAAAAAACUGACCUCUGCUAAUAUUUAACCAGAAACUGACCAAAGCCAGAUUUUCUCAUUGCUACAGAAGAAACAUGUUAAGCUUGAUGGGAAACCAAGGAAAGCGUAGUGUGUUAACAUUUUACACCAUUUACCUCAUCAUAUUUGUCUCUUCUUGCACAUCAUCAUCUCCUCCAUCAACAUCCGUUCCUCUCUUCAACGAAAGACCUUUUGUGCUCUUAUGGAAUGGACCUAUUUCCAAAUGCCAACAGUUAAAAAUCCCUCUCGAUUUAUCACUGGUCCAGGCAGUCACAACACCUGCAAGGGUAAGCAAUCAAUCCCUGACCCUGUUCUACAAAAACCGAAUUGGGCUUUUCCCCUAUGUGGACGUUCAGUCCUCCAAAGAGUAUAAUGGUGGCAUACCGCAAAGAGGUAAUUUAUCUGCUAGUCUAAAGAAAGCUAAAGACGAGUUUACCCAGUACAUACCCGACUCAUCUUCUGGGUUGGCUGUCAUGGACUGGGAAGAGUGGCUUCCGAUGUUUGACCGAAAUUUGGACAUAAAAGAGAUCUACAAGGACCUGUCCAUCAACUACACCCUGGAGCAUAACGUUUCCCUCAACUUGCAACAGGCUGCCAGCAAAGCUAAACAACCGUUUCAGAAAGCAGCAAGAAGUUUUAUGGAGCAAACUUUAAAGUUAGGGGUCGCUCUUAGACCACAGUACCUGUGGGGCUACUAUUUAUUCCCAGAUUGCUAUAAUUAUGAAUUUGAGGUUCAAAACUACACAGGUGUUUGUUCAGAGCACACAAAACAAUUGAACGAUAAACUUUUCUGGCUGUGGGAGAGCAGUACAGCCCUUUAUCCAUCAGCAUACCUGCCGGCAAAUAUAAGUGGAAGUAAAACCGCAGCGCUGUUUGUUCGUCACCAAGUGCAAGAGGCAAUGAGAGUUGCAGCCUUACCGAAACAUGGCUACACUGUGCCUGUUUAUGUCUAUUUACGCCCCCUUUUACGGGACCAAAAGGAGAUUUACAUGAAUGAGAAUGACCUGGUCAGUAGUAUAGGUGAAAGUGCAGUUUUGGGGGCAUCCGGAUCUAUUCUUUGGGGGGCUAGUGCCGAUUAUAAUGACAAGGCCUCUUGUGAAGGUUUAUCUGCAUACCUGUCUGACACAUUAAACCCCUACAUUGCCAACGUCACCGCUGCGGCUGAUUUCUGCAGCAAACGUCUCUGUCAGGGCAGCGGACGCUGUGUCCGCAAAAAGUACAAUUCGGAUCACUAUCUCCACCUCAGUUCAGAGAGCCACCAAAUUAGAAGGAUUGCUGGGAAAUAUGUGGUCUCUGGGACCCCAUCAUUAAAUGACCUCAAUGACUGGGCAGACAAAUUCACCUGUCAGUGCUACAGAGACAGAAAGUGCUCAGCUAAAAUCACCGUUUAGACAUCGGACA